GAGGUCAGGCCAGCAAGGUCAGGCUCAUGGCUUCAUCCUCUCUCCACAGUCUUCCUGUCUGCUGGCCUAGGGGUACUUGCUCCCCCAGAGAACUGCCCCCCACCUGUGACCAGCACCAGCUGGGAACCCCAGCUGGGAAUGUCAUUCCCACCAGGUCCCUGCACCCAGUCCACAGAAGCCCAAGCCACGGUGGAGCCCACUGGGCAGGGCCCCAAGAACCCGCGUGUGUCCAGUGUGGUGGUGCAGCUGGAGAUGAAGCCACUGUGGGAAGAAUUCAACCAGCUGGGCACGGAAAUGAUCGUCACCAAGGCGGGCAGGAGGAUGUUCCCCACCUUCCAGGUGAAGAUCUUGGGCAUGGACACACUGGCUGACUACGCUCUGCUCAUGGACUUCAUCCCCCUGGAUGACAAGAGAUACAGGUAUGCCUUCCACAGUUCUGCCUGGCUGGUGGCAGGCAAGGCUGACCCGGCCACACCUGGCAGAGUGCACUUCCAUCCUGACUCUCCAGCCAAGGGUGCCCAGUGGAUGAGACAGAUUGUGUCCUUUGACAAACUCAAGCUGACCAACAACCUGAUGGAUGACAACGGCCAUAUCAUUCUCAACUCCAUGCACCGUUAUCAGCCCCGUUUCCAUGUGGUCUUUGUGGACCCCCGCAAGGACAGCGCCCGCUAUGCCCAGGAAAACUUCAAGUCAUUUGUCUUCGCCGAAACCCAGUUCACAGCUGUGACAGCCUAUCAGAACCACCGGAUCACACAGCUGAAAAUUGCCAGCAACCCCUUUGCCAAAGGCUUCAGAGAGAGUGACCCGGACUCAUGGCCUGCUUCCCCAAGGCCACUGCUCAACAUCCCAGCCCGGAGUCGUGGCAGCCUCAGUCCCUGCCUGCUCAAAGGAUCUGCAGAACGAGAGAAAGCCAGUAAAGCUUCAGCUUCCAACUCCAGGACCCCUACCCAACCACACCAUCAGCUGCUGCCUGCCCCAGAGGUCCUGCUGGGCCCUGCCACCUACAGGCCCCUCCCUUACCAGGACCUGUAUCCUGGAGCCCCUGGCCAUGUUGGAAUCCCAAGGGCUCGGCUGGCACCAUACCCUCUUGCCAGCAUCAGCACUGAUGGAGAUCAGGAAGACCCCACCCUCCCAGUUGGGCUUGGGCUCCUGACUUCCUCUGCCUUGUGCUUGGGGCCUAGCCACGCCUCGCACUGACGGCCAGGUGCUUUGGAAGUCCUCUUGCCCUGUGCCCCAGCUCUCCUACCCUCCUCUGUGGAGCCACCCCCUAAGGAAUGCAGUACAACUGGAAGCCCUGACGGCAGUGGUUCCUGCCUCAAAGUCAAUGUAGGGCCUGCCGGUCUUGGAAUCAGGACUCCUACCCUGAAGCCCUGAAUCCUGCCCUGACUCAAAGAUGCCUCCUCUACACCCUGCUUCCAUUGUCCUUCCCCUAUAUUAAACUGCUUGACACUGA